AUGCACGUUUCCAUACCAGAGAGCAACAAGUGCAAGCCGCUGAUUAUGCAGAUUUGUUUGGAAAACAUUACUGCUCAGGCACAUUUAACAGCAAAGCUGGCUCCGUGUCAUCUUAGAGGAAGCCGUUCCCAAACGAACAUUCAGUUUGUGCCGUUAUAUGCCGUGCCGAUCGUAUCAAGGAAUUCCCUGUUUGGCCCGCGGCACGGCGAUGGCUCAUUGUUCCCCUCAAAACUCUUUCAACGACUAGGCGUCAAUAAGGGGUUGUUUGCACUCUUAAGACAUAUCUGGAAGAUAGAGCUGCCUUUGUUGACUGAUCACUCAGCUGUUUUGCCAGGAAGGCAACUGCAGUAA